AACAUAAUGAAUCGGUGAUGCAGGUGUUAAUAAUCCAUUAGAAUACGAACAAGAGUAUGAGACGGGACGAAAAGAAAAUGGUACUAAGAGUUGUGCCGGGGAUAGGACGUAAUUAUGGAAAAGUGGUUUACGUAAAGUAUUGUGCAUCAGGGCUGCUUCUCAUGUGUUUAAAAGGGUUAGAGGGUUACCUGUUCAAUACGUGGCAUUUUAAAAAUAUUACCGGGUCCAAGGUGCACUAACAGAUAUUUUAAAGCGCUCCUAUGUUGUUGAGGCAUCUUCCUGAUUUUACGUGCGAAUCAAAUCGCAUAUUUGGAGGAAUUGCGUAAACGAACGUAUAAAAUGCUUUAUAAUAGUACUGGGCUGAUCAACGGUUGAUGCAUGUGUGACAGGUAGCUGUGAAUGAAGGGUGAUCGAGUGCUACAGCCAUGUUGCGAUCGAAGAGCGCCUUUGUGGCAUUACCACACGGUCAUGGCUGUGGCAUUGGAUGAAAAGGAUCGAACGGUCAGGCAAUUUUUUGCAGGAGGAUUGGUGUGCACAUUUAUUUCUACUCCAAGUAAUUUGCUGUGUUACGCGCAGCUGCACACUCUUCGGUAACCGGAAGAGCGAGUAGCACCGUACUGCUGCGGGUGUCUACGUGUCGCAUUACGAUGCACGCAACAGCACGCUAUGCUCCUAUUUUCAAUGCCCGUCAUUUUCUAACGUACUCGCCAUCGUUUUGCCUUUCCUUGUCUGCCAAACUGUUCCAUUCAUCGCCACCCGAUCAAAAACAAAACACUUCCGUUUCAUCGUCCAAAUAUUAACGCUCACACAAUCCUGCACCAUGACCAUACCAUCAUCACUCAGAGAAUACUUUCUAGGUCCUGCACUCACCUUCCACCACCAAAAGACGAUCAUGUCUACGCUGUACAACCAGCUCAACAAUCCACGCUUCUUCAGGCUGGUGGUCAUCGUUACACUUAUUUCAUUCUUUGCACUUGUUGUGCGUGUUAUAAGGUUGAAGAGACAGACCGGGCUGUUGCCGUUCGUGAUGGGCGGUAUUUUGAUUUACUCGGGUUUUUGUUUGGAGAGGAGUUUUCGGGUUGGGAUGCUGAUGGACGUGAGUGGGAAUAAAUGGAGAGAUGUGAUUGGAGUGGGCGGUAUCAGGAACAGCUAUGUGAAGGAAAAGAUUCUUUACUUGUUUAGACGGCCUAAGGAUGAUAAUGGAAAGGUGGGAAGCGGUGAAAUGGGCGAGGGCAAGGCGGUUAAAGAUGAACUGAGUGAAGGACGAGUUGGAGACGAUGCUAGAGCAGCAAAUGAGAACGUAAAUGGUGCUAGAGCAGCAAGUGAGAACGUAAAUGGUGCUAAAGCAGCAAGUGAGAGCGUAAAUGGUGCUAGAGCAGCGAACGAAACAAAUGCUAAGAUGGGAACGGAUAAUGGAACAGGAACGAAUGACAAUGACGAAGAUGAUAACCACGAAAAUGAAAUGGAAUAUAGCCAGAACAUGAAGGAGAGCACACGAAUAGGCAGCAAGAUGCUGAAUGAUGGCGGACUAGCGAUGGCAGAUAAGGCAAGUGGCCAAAGAACGGAUGCAAUAAGGGAAGGAAAGGAUGCCAAAGAAAGAAAAAAUGUGGUAAGUAGACAGGUCGUGAUAAAAAAGGUGGGUAAAAAAAGUGGAAAUGGUGUGCCCGCAAACAACUCACCGCCGAAUAGCUCUGAUACUCCGGCACAGGACACACCGAUCAAUGACACGGAUAGGCCGAAAGGAACAGAAAACGGCGUAUUGAAAGACGAGAGCACCCCACGGGAGGUGUCAGAGGCACUAGCAAACACAAAGACGAUGUACAACGACACAUUUGAACAGAAAUCAUUCAUAAUAUCACUCAAACAGACGAUGCUUCGCAAAGAGAACGCAGUCAAUCGCACCAAAUCGCUGCUCGCAUCGCUCAAGAAAACAAAAAAGUACGUGGCGGAGGAUUUGAGGCUGUUCGAGGACAAUUUCGAGAAUUUCCUGAGGGCGAGCGCUGAUGUGGGUGAUGUGCUCUCUAAUGCAGAUAUUAGCGCAGAUCUGUACAAAAUAGAUAUGCAAGAGCUGAAGAAAGAUGUGGGGGAGCGUAUUGGUAUUGUGGACGUGUUGGAAGGCUUCUUAAGGAUCACAAAAGGGCAGAAAAACAUUUCGGGAGACGGUUCAACGGGCAGUAUCAAAUUUUAUCUGGGGAACGGGGAUCGUUUACAAGAGGGAUAUGGUGUGAACGGUAGACCGAGUGUUUUUGACAUCGGUCUUAAGGACAGCGCUGCGAAUUUGGUAGCAGGCACAGGGACUGCGAACAACGUGGUAAAUGCGCUGGACACGGUUAAGGACAGCGCUGUGAAUCUGUUGCCCGGUUUAGGCCACAAGGGCAUUGCACUAGGAAUGCCCAGCUCUAGCACCAAGGUUAACGCGCUGAAUUUGUUACCUGGCCCAUCAACCACGGACAGGAGACCAAAUGGUGGAUUUUUCAGUGCCCUGCUUGGCACAGGAACCGGCAACAGCGCAAUCUAUGAGCCUUUAAAAGCAGAAGACGUAAAAUUUGCAGGACUUAAUAAUGAAAAGUUUGAGGCGGAAAAGCGGACAGAACAUAAGUCACCGUUUGAUCUGCAAGAAACACAAAAUCUCGUAAAAAUACAGGUAUUUAUGAUACUACAAGGCCUGAUAUGCCUGACAAUCUUCAUCUUUAUGAUUUGCAAUCUGCUCGACAUAAUUCCAAUUUUCAAGCUGAUCCUGUUGGUGAUUCUGAUCGGCAACAUUUUCAUAGGCAUUGUGAGCAUGGUGUAUGCACAGGCACUCGCCAAGAAGUGUGUGCUCAUGGAUGUGCCGAACUGCAACAAAAAGAAUCUUUUUGAUGUGGAAGAGGUUGUAGACAUCCUGAAUGAGCAGCAGGAGACGGACAAGCACGAUGCUCUUUCAUUCAUAGAGCGUAAAUUUGAGGAGAACUAUGAGCAGCUGAGCGUGGUGGUCGCACAGCUGCAGAAGUACAUGGAGGGCAGUGACAGCAAGGUAACCCACAAAAUAGAUGUGUUUAAGAAUCUUAUCAACAAGCUGCUGUUUAUUGAGACACAUUUCUCGCAGCCUAACCGGCUGUACGUGCCUGUGUAUGCCAUGAAAAGGUUCCUUGAAGAUCUGCAGCAGCAGCUCGUCGAGAUAUCGUACACCGCACUCUUUCCCAUCUACAGAGACUUUCUGGAAUGCGCGAUUUUCUUUGAGCAAGAAAAAGGCAGCGUAAAGAACAGGGUGAACAACUUCUUGCGACUGAACACGAAGCGGAAGGAGGAGAAGGCAAAUGAGAAGUGCAAGAAGAAGAUCAAGAAGAUUUGUAAGGCGAAGAAGGACUAUGAGGAGCUUGCGUUCGCGCUGACCUCCUUCGGCAUUGUGUUUGUGAUCCUGGUGUGCUUCUAGUGGAGCAUCAGCGGGGUGUGCGACACGUAAUAAAGCAACG